AUUUUUUGAAAGUGGGAACGAGCUUGAAUUCCUCAAACUUCUGUUCAAUUAAUAGAUAAUAAUCUAUUCGACGCUGAUUUCGCAGGAGUCGCAGGAUGCGUUCCUUUCUUACGGCGCCUAUAUGUCCGUCUUGUCUAUUUGCCACGAGAAUUCGAGCUACGCAAAUACCAACCCGAUCAUGGACUACGCAAAGAUUAUUCUCGGGUCGAGCGAGAACGAGCCCCUCCAGGAUGGUCUUGUCCGAUCGUGUCGCCCGUCGCCCGGAACGAGAUGCGUCCGACCGUAGUGACAGGAAGCCUCGAAGAAGGUCGGAAGGACCUUUUGGUGGUAUGAAUCAGACAUCCGCCCGCAUACGUGAACCUACAUCAAGAACGGCCCCUCGACGGAGCGAAAGUAGAGAUGGCGGGGAUAGAAGGAGUGGUAAAAAGGACGACCGACGAACUAAGGCGAUGAAGAUGCAGAGCUCUUUAGCAACAAUAUCAUAUGGUCACAGGGCGCGAACGAAAGAGGGUAUAGCUGAAGUAGAGUCAUUCGACCGAUUCGACCUUUUGCCUUCAAUUAAAGAAGCCAUGUCAAAUGAUGUGCUAAAGGGUAUGGUGGACUUGAAGCCAACUCCGAUCCAACGAAUUGCGAUUCCGGCGAUAUUAGGUCAGAAUAUGGGACGGAGGGCACCUCGACCAAAAGGCAAUACAGAGAGACAAGAAUUUUUAUUGGCAGCGGAAACGGGCUCGGGAAAGACUCUAGCCUACCUGCUGCCCGUAAUUGACGCCCUCAAGAAAGCCGAAGCAGCUGACCCCGCGAUCGCUGCUUACAAAGAAUAUUUCACCCAACAAUUGGCGGCCAUGAAGGAACCUGGUUACACCGGUCCACGGGAAUUUGACCCCCAUCCGACUGCUGCGCGACCCAAAGUCGUCGUAUUAGUGCCGACAGCUGAGCUAGUCGACCAAGUAGGAAGUGUGGCUAAAGCUCUGUCACAUAUCGUUAAAUUCAAAGCCAGUCUUUUUUCCGCCAAUAUUUCCGCCAAGGUCAUCAACGCGAGCAUGUUUUCGCCCACAGGAAUUGACCUUAUUGUGGCUACACCACAUUUAUUAGCAUCAAUAGCCGACUCCGACCCAAAUAUCCUCUCAAGGGUUAGUCAUUUAGUAGUUGAUGAAGCAGAUUCCCUUUUCGACCGGAGUUUCUCGCCUGUAACUACUUCCAUUUUAGAGCGUGCUUUACCAUCCAUGAAGCAACUCAUUCUCUGCUCCGCUACUAUUCCCAAACGACUUGAUAACUAUCUAGCCACGGAGUUUCCGGAUAUGGUCCGACUUACCACACCAAAUCUCCAUGCUAUUCCACGACGUGUGCAGCUCGGUGUUAUCGACGUGUCGAAGGACCCUUACCGGAAUAACAAGGACCUGGCUUGCGCAGAUGCUAUAUGGUCCAUUGGAAAAGACGCUGCGAGGCACGAAAGUGGAGUUCCCGGAGAAAUAGAUGUCAAGCGCAUCAUGGUGUUUGUAAACGAGCGCGAAAAGACCCAGGAAGUCGCUGAGUACCUGGUAUCCAAGGGCAUUGAUGCCGUUGCGCUUCACCGAGAUACCUCAGAGCAGCGGCAAUCGGAGAUGUUGGAUUCGUUCACAACUACCGAGCCUAUGAAGACCAAGGCAGAUGAAGCCGUAGUACCAGCACCCGGAAAGGGACGAAGGAGCCUACCUAACACGAAAGUCAUCGUAGCCACAGAUCUAGCUUCGAGGGGUAUCGAUACUCUGGCGGUUCGACAUGUGAUACUGUACGAUGUACCGCAUAAUACUAUCGACUUUAUCCACCGUUUGGGUCGCGCCGGUCGUAUGGGUAGGAGAGGACGAGGAGUAGUACUGGUGGGCAGGGACGAUCGUAAGGAUAUCGUCGCCGAAGUUAGGGAGAGUAUGUUCAUGGGCCAGGCUCUCAUAUAGGCAGGACGGCUGUAUAAACGUAAGAAGUGUACAGUAUUGUAUCAAGGAACCUGUAUAUCAACUCUACGAAAUAUCAAAAAAUCUCCAAGACAAUCCCCCCG